AUGGCAGUAUCAUUCCCUGGGUUUCUCCCUGACUGGACGAACCUGAAUGUUAUCCACAACAAUACUCUGCCCCCUCGCGCCCACUUCUAUUCAUACGGCUCCGAGGACGCGGCUCUCUCGUUCGACCGAGAACAGAGCGAAUACCAUAGUCUCAACGGUACCUGGAAAUUCCACUAUGACCAAUCUCCAUUUGAGGCACCCAACUGGGCGACUGCCGAUGUCUCCUCAUGGGAUGAGUUGGAAGUACCUAGUCACUGGCAGCUCAACGGCUACGGUCAUCCUCACUACACAAAUAUCGAGUACCCGUUCCCCGUCACUCCACCCAAUGUCUCCUACGUAAAUCCCACUGGGUCCUAUUGGCGCGAGUUUACCGUGCCUGAGGACUGGAGUGGUGAGCAGAUCCGACUACGCUAUGAAGGUGUGGACAGUGCUUUCCAUGUCUGGGUUAAUGGUCAGGAGGUUGGAUACAGCCAGGGCAGCCGCAAUCCCAGCGAAUUCGAUAUCACUGAUUAUCUUUCCACGUCUGGGAAGAAGAACACCCUUGCAACUCGUGUCUAUCAAUGGUCUGAUGCAUCAUACAUCGAGGAUCAAGACAUGUGGUGGCUAUCAGGUAUCUUUAGAGACGUGUAUCUGAUUCCUUUCUCGAAAUCGUCUAUUGUCGAUUUCGAUGUGUUUCCUGAGGUUGAUGACUCGUUCAAGAGCGGUACAUUGACAGCAAACUUUACCAUUCAGGGCGAGAAAGGGGAUGUGAAAGUCAAGCUUCUAUCGCCCAGUGGAAAGGUUGUCGACGAGGCCACUGUCUCUUCAUCGGAGAAAUAUGUUAAAAAGAUCAGUGGGGAUGAGUUCGAACUGUGGUCUGCCGAGAGUCCUAAUCUUUACACCCUCCUUUUGACAUUUGGGGGACGAACCAUCAGCCAGAAAACCGGCUUCCGUCGCGUUGAAAUCAGCGGCUCCAACUUCCAUGUCAAUGGAAAGGCUAUCACCUUGUACGGUGUCAACCGUCAUGAGCACCAUCAUCUCACCGGACGGACAGUUGCCUACGAGGACAUGCGACGGGACUUGAUCUUCAUGAAGCGAUCCAAUAUCAACGCGAUUCGAACAUCUCACUACCCGCACCACCCUUCCUUCUUUGACGUCGCCGAUGAGCUUGGUUUCUACAUCAUUGCCGAAGCCGAUCUUGAAUGUCAUGGUUUCCAAAUCACCGGCGACGGCCUGCAGGUUUCUAGUAACCCAGACUGGGAGGAGGCUUACUUGGACAGGGCAAUCCAGUUGGUAGAGCGCUACAAGAACCAUGUUGGUAUUAUCAUCUGGUCGCUUGGAAACGAGUGCGGCUACGGCACAAACCACGCUGCCAUGGCCAAAUGGAUCCGGCAGAGAGAUUCCAGCCGAAUUAUUCACUACGAACAGGAUUAUGAUGCUGAAACCGCCGAUAUGUACAGCCGCAUGUACAAAUCUCUGGACGAAAUCCGGGAGCUCAUUGGCAACAACACUGACAAGCCGUUCAUCUUGUGCGAGUUUGCGCAUGCAAUGGGUAACGGCCCUGGAGGCCUCAAAGAUUACAUCGAACUCUUCAGAACCGAGCCCCUUGUCCAGGGAGGUUUCGUGUGGGAAUUCAAUAACCACGGCAUCCUGAAGAAGGAAGACAACGCGUCUUACUAUGCUUACGGCGGGGACUUCGGCGACACGCCCAACGAUGGUGACUUUAUCAUGGACGGCCUGGUUCUCUCCGACCACACUCCCAUGCCAUCAAUGGGUGAGUAUGCCAAGAACAUCCAACCCGUUACGAUGAAUUUGACCGCGGAUUCCACCCAACUGGUUAUCACAAAUCACUACGACUUCAUCGACCUAUCAGGACUGCGCCCCAAGUGGCAUCUCGUGCAGGAUGGCAAGAAGACAACCGAGUCGCAAGAACUGAAGCUCCCGACCAUUCCAGCAGGCGAAAGCCGCAAGGUGGACCUUCCAUUGAAGAAAGCAGACUUGCCUAAAGAAUCAUGGAUCAUUGUCGAGUUCCUGCUUGAUGAAGACAAGGUCUGGGCCAAGAAGGGCCAUGUUGUUGCCUGGGAUCAAGCCUACCUUGCCGGACCUUCUGUGUCCCCUUCGCAACGCCGCUCCAAUGCUGUUGCUCGUAAGGUCGAUGGUGGCAUAAAACUCUCUCAACCAAAAAAAACCCGUCUCGAGGUCCAGAGCGGCACCUCGACAUUUGGCUUCGAUCUCCUACGUGGAAAUGUCACAUGGAACGUCGACGGAACUGAAAUCUUCCAGCGUGGACCCGAACUGUCUCUCUACCGCGCCCAGACGCAGAACGACAAGGCCAACGCAGGUGACGGGCCCAAGUGGGAUGCAGCAUAUGUCGAUCUAGUACACACGCAGGUCCGUGACGUGACAUGGCAGCAAACCAACAACGGAGAUGUCAAGGUGCACUACAAGGUUUGGGUAGCGCCCAAGGUCUGGGAUUGGGGCGCGCAGGCGGAUCUAGUUUACACCAUCUCGGCUGAUGACAAGGCGCCACUCCGCCUCCAGGUCAAGGGGGAGUUCUCUGGCGAUAAUACACCCACCGUGUUGCCGCGCAUCGGUCUCAUGUCCGUCCUUCCGCAGGCCUUCAACGAGGUCUCCUGGUUCGGCCGCGGUCCUGGAGAGAGCUAUCCCGACUCCAAGCAGGCGUGUCGCAUGGGCGAGUAUCAGUCCUCCGUGGAUGAUCUGUUCACAUACUAUGAUUACCCACAGGAGAAUGGUAACCGCGAAGAUCUGCGCUGGGUGCAAAUCGGCAACAAAGAGAAGGGCGUAACGCUGGAUGCCCGCCGCAGCGAUGGUCAAGGCGAGAAGUCGGCCUUCAGCUUCACUGCCCGUCGUUACAUGCCUCAGGAUUUGGACGUUGCCACACAUCCACAUGACCUGAAGCCGCUCGAUAUGACCGUUUUGCAUUUGGAUUAUGCGAACAACGGUCUUGGCUCUGCCACUGUCGGGCCUACUGCGUUCGAGCCGUACAAGUGCCAUGCUGAGCCAUUUGAUUUCACUUUUGAUUUUAGUAUUGUAUAG